AUGGCUACGAUUGUUGGAAACAGAACAACGGCUGCUAGCUUAGCAGCCAAACCUGGUACUGCUCCAUCGUCUCACCAAUAUACUUGCAACACCUGUCAGGUCGCAUUUCGAUUCGCGGACACUCAGAAGGGCCAUAUGAAGAGUGAUUGGCACCGAUAUAACCUCAAGCGCCGGGUUGCAUCCCUACCUCCGAUAUCUUCUGAAGUUUUUACUGAGAAGGUUGUCCAAGCCCGUGCUGCUACCACGGCCGAAGCGGACAAGGCCGGCUUCCAACAAAUCUGUAAUGUCUGCCAGCGCACCUACUUCAGCGAAAAUUCGUAUCAAAACCACAUUGGCAGUCAGAAGCACAAGGCCAAGGAGGCGGCAAUGCAGCGUAGAGGGCCUGCAAGCGUUCCGGAUGACGAAGCUAGCUCCGUCAUGAGCUCGACUUUUUCACUUGGUGAUCCCCUGCCUAGCGAGAAGGGCGAGGUCGACUCCGAUGCUGAGGAUGAAUUCAGCGAUGUUGUCGAGGGGCUCAAGAAAACAAAUUUGAGUGAUCGUCCCGUCGAGCGUUCCUCGCCGGUGAAGCGUCCCACAAACCCUCAACCUUCGGCAGAGGGCCAGUACAAACCGGACCAAACAGUAUCAGAGGCAUCGAGUGAAGCUGUUUCGACUUCCACGACUCCCGUCGCUGUUGUCACCCUCAAAUCGUGUCUAUUCUGCAACUACGAGUCACCGACUGUACCGUUGAGCGUCGUCCAUAUGGAGAGAAUUCAUGGCAUGUUCAUCCCCGAGAAGCAAUAUUUGGUCAACUUGGAUGGCUUGAUUGGCGCCUUGCAGCAACGCAUUCAAGAGCUCUACGAGUGUUUAUACUGUGGCAAGAUGAAAAACAAUGCAUUUGCCGUGCAAACUCACAUGCGUGACAAGGGACAUUGCAAAAUUCCCUACACUACGGAAUAUGAGCAACUGGAGAUUGGAGAGUUUUAUGACUUCCGAAGCACCUAUUCAGAUGAUGAGUCAGAUGACGAGGAGGAUGGUGGCGAGAACCAAAACGGAGGCGUCAAGCUGGGAGCUAGACGAGUGGCCACGACGGUCGGAGAUGCUGGUGAUGAGUUCACGGGCGAGGAAGAGGGAUGGGAGACUGACAGCUCGGCCUCAUCUUGUGACUCGGACGAUCUGACUUCCAUUCCGGUUGAUCAGCAUUAUCACCAGUAUGAACGCCUUGACAAACAUCCACACCACACGUCUCACGACCCUCGCCACCAUCAUCAGCUGGACGGAUGGCACUCACAUGCCCACAAACACCGUGCUAUAUUCUAUGAUGAUACUCAGCUACACCUGCCCUCUGGUCGCGCGGUUGGACAUCGUUCCUUGAAUAAAUAUUACCGUCAAAACCUGCACAGCCAUCCUUCGCCCGAAGAGCGUGCUGAGCGUCUGGCCAUUGCUGCUGGAUCGAGUCCAGAUGCCAUGGAGGUUGAUGGCGAUGGUAAUCAAGUCGCUGAACAUGAGGGUCGUGGGCGCACUCGAGCCAUUGUGAGCCGCCCCGACGGCUUGCAAGGCGUGACAGACGAGAAGAAGAAGGAGGUCCGACGCGCAGCUCAGAGAGCCCGGAAGGUGGAAAACAACGCCCAGAAGCGCAACCAAUGGAAGGUCAACAAGGAGCACAACCACCAGAAGUACUAUAAUUACCAAAUAUUGUGA